AUGUCGAAAAAAUUUGUGAAUCGAAUCGAGGAAACUGUCGACGACGCGCUUUAUGGCCUUGUACUCUCCAAUUCAUCACUCAAAUUUCAUGAGGUGAGCAAGCAGACACCGCAUUAUGACACUAAGACGGUCAUUCUCAGAGUUGCGAGAGAGUUGUUCUACGUUCCGAUCUCGACACUUCAAAAGUUUCGCUGAUCGCUGGUGGUGGCUCCGGACACGAGCCGUACGCAGCCGGCUACAUUGGAAAAGGUCUUCUGACUGCUGCUGUUGCUGGAAAUGUCUUUGCUUCUCCACCAUCUCGAAAUGUGCAAGCGGCUUUGGAGGGAACGAAAGGAAAUGGUAAAAAUGCUCCUAAUUUUAUGCAAAAGCGUUUGCUUUCCAGCUGGAGCUAUCCUUUUCGUGAUCAACUAUACAGGCGAUCGCCUCAAUUUUGGAUUGGCUGCCGAGCGCUUCAACGCGUCCGGAGGAAAUGCGAAAGUGGUGACUAUCGCCGAUGACGUGGCAAUCGACAGUCCGAGCAACAGAGUUGGCAAACGAGGUCUAGCUGGAGCAGUUCUCACGAUAAAGAUUGCUGGAGCCAUGUCGGAGCAAGGAAAGCCACUCGAUGAGAUCCACGCCAUGUCUCAGAAAGUUGUGGGCUCUCUCGGAACUUUGGGUGUAUCUCUUUAUCCCGGCAGUCUACCAGGAAAGGAACGAGAAGCAGGACUUCCGGAAGAUCAAAUCGAGGUCGGACUGGGCAUCCACGGAGAGCCGGGCAAGUUCCGUGAACCUUUCUCGUUGGCUGAAAAGAUAAUCGGAAACUUGAUGGAAACCCUUCGCACGAAAAUGGAGAUGGUCGACGGCGAGCAGUUUGUCGUUCUCGUCAACAAUCUUGGCAGCGUCUCACAGCUCGAAAUGAGCAUCGUCAAUGGCGAAGUUCUCGAAUGGUUCAGUGAGUGGCUCUCUUUUUUUUGAACAAAAUGAAUAAAACAUUAAGAGAAUCACAACAUGUCUGUGAAGCGAUUCUUCAGUGGCGCCUACAUGACUUCUUUGGACGGCCACGGAAUAAGUGUGACUGUUCUGCGAGCCGACGACGCAAUGCUUCUGUAUCUCGACUAUCCGUGCUCGGCUCCUGGUUGGAUUCCUUCUCGUUCUACGCCCGGAACAGCCAACCGCGGAACUUCGAAGAAACCUAGAGUCAGUGAUGUGGAUGAGUCCGGAGCAACUUUUAACGAAAAACGUGUCAAAAGUAUUCUCGAAGCGGUCGUGAAAGCAAUGAGCGAUUCCGAGAAACGACUAAAUCACUUAGACGCGGUUGCUGGAGACGGCGACUGCGGAAGCACAUUCGCAGGAGCCGCCUCUGCCAUUCGAAAAGCCCUAAACGAUUUGAACAAGAGCCGUCCGCAGACGUUGUUCAAGCAACUUUCAAUAAUUUUUGAGCAGACUGUCGGGGGAACGAGUGGUGCUCUGUACGCAUUGAUGCUCAGCGCGGCGGCGGCGUGUUUCUCCGAUUCGACCGGACUGGAAACUUGUGUGGAGGCGCUGGACCGUGCGAAUCAAGCGGUACAGACAUAUGGCGGAGCGCGCGUGGGCGAUCGGACAAUGGUCGACGCACUGAAUGCAGCUGUGGAGCACUUGAAAUCAGCGACGAAACGGGAGGGCGGCAAGAAUUUUGAGGAAAUUUGUGAGAAUGCCGUGAAGGUUAGUGAUUGACAUUCUUUUUUUUCGAUAAAAUCCCGAUUUGUAGGCAAGUGAACGCGCCGCCGAAGAGACAGCCCAUCAAAAAGCCGCCGUGGGCCGUGCCAGUUACACCUCUUCGGAAGCACAAACACUACCUGAUGCUGGUGCCACGGCAAUUUCAAUAUGGCUUCGUGCUGCCUGGACAGCGAUUCACGGCAGCGUUGGGAACGAAUAA